CGGGCGCUGCCCGCCGCCCCCGCCGCGCCACUUCUGCCCGCGGGAGCCCGCCCCCGCCCCGCCGGCCGUGCCCUGCAGGGGACGGGGCCCCGCGCUCCCCCCCGCCUGCGGGCGCCCUCCGCAGCGCGGCCCGCCCGGGGUGCCGGCACGGCCCCCCCCCCCUCCCGGGCCGGCAGCGCGGCCGCCACGUGGCGCCGGGGCCGCCCCCGCUCCCGCCGCCCGGGGCCGCUGCCCCGGCUCGGCACGGCACGGCUCCGCCCGGCCGCGGCCUCGGCCGCCCAUGGGGAGCGCGGCCCGGCGGCCGCGCGGCAGCAGGAGGCAGCGGGGAGGCUCCCCCGGCGGCCCCGCUCGCCUGUAGCCCGGCGGGGCAUGCCCGGCCCCAGGAUGCCGGCCUGGGGGAUCCUGCCCGUCACGCUGCCCGCCUUCACCAUCACUGGCAUGUGGAUCGUGUACGCCAUGGCACUCUCCAACAACCACAUCUGCCCUGUCCAUAACUGGAAUUACAACCAGUCCUGCGGUGUGGAUGGCCCUGGCUCCUGCUGCACGCUGGACCACAUCCCCCUGGUCAGCAAGUGUGGCACCCUGCCUCCCGAGAGCUGCUUCUUCAGCCUCAUCUGCAGCCUGGGCUCCUUCAUGGUGAUCCUGGUGGGGCUGCUGCGCUAUGCCCAUCUCCUGGAGCGCCUUGGGCCAUCCCUCCUCAACACCCUGGGGCUGGCCACCGGCUGGGUCUGUGCUGCUGGCCUCACCAUGGUGGGCAACUUCCAGGUGGAUCACGCCAAGGUGCUGCACUACAUUGGGGCAGGGGUGGCCUUUCCCACCAGCAUGCUGUUCCUGCUUCUGCAGUCCAUCCUUACCUACCGCAUGGCCAAAACCCAUGGGCAGUACUGGACUGGCCACUUACGUAGCAUCCUCACCGCUGUGGCCUUCCUCACCCUCAUCUUCAGUGGUGUGUUCUUCAUCCAGGAGAGCUUCGUGCUGCAGCAUGUGGCCGCACUGUGCGAGUGGAUGUUCAUCAUCGAUGUCCUGGUCUUCUACGGCACCUUCACCUUUGAGUUUGGAGCCAUCUCCACAGACACCUUCCUGGUCCUGCUGAAAGCCAGCCGGGCCCCCAAAAGUUACAAGGGUGAGAGUGGCAUAUCCAGCACGGCCCACAUCCACAGCCACACAGAGGGUCUGGCCAUGGCCUGACCCCACAGGAGGCAUGCUCACGGUGGGGACCCUCAAACAGGGCUCUGACGGUGACCCCCCACCUUGAAUGUCUCUGAGACCCCGUCUGCCUGGGGGUGCGUGUGGUGCCCUCCCCUCCCGGUGGGAGCUGGGGCUGGGGCUCCUCUGGCAGCCAGUGUCCCUUUCAGAAGCUGCCCCCUCCCUGCCCACAGCAUCUGGGGUCACUGCUGGGGUGUGGGGAUUCCAGCCUGGUGCUGCUGUCAGCAGAGCCGGGAUUUGCCCUGAGCCUCUGGGGCUGCUCCGUCUGAGCUGGGGGCUGUUGGAGGCAAUCAUCAGAGGCCCCCUCCCCAUGCGGGCCUGGUUGUGCUGAGGGGGGGAUCACGGUCCCUCCCUCCUCCACCGCCAUGGUGGUAUGGUUCAGCAGGGCAAGCCUUCCCGCCAGCCGCUGUGACUCUCAGAGAAGCAGAAAACCCAGAGUGCCUUUUCCCUUCCUCAGGAGGUGAUGGCAGCGCAGGUCUGUCCACACCCCCAGCGAGGACGGCAGUGGGGGUCUCUCCCUGCCUGCCUGCCCAGGGUAGGGGUAGUGCCUUGUGCUGCUGCAGGAUGACACCAGCAGCACCGGCUGGACCACAGCAGCCGUCCUGCCAGAGCUCUUGCUGCUCAGGGCCUUCCAUCCCUCCAGCUUUCUCACAUUUUUUCAGCUUGGAGAAUUGCUGAGGCAGGUUUUACCUCCCAGGCCAUGGAGUUCCUGUGAUCUCUGGCAGUCAGCUGGGUUAGGAAACGGGUCUCACAGCAAGGAUGUCCUGCAAGCACAGUGCCUGCAGAGUGGCAGAUUUCUCAUCCGUGGUGCUGCCAAGCUAAGCUGUCGCACGUGGGAGCCUGCACACCCCAGCCGGGGUCUCCAGCCUGGGGGUGGGCUGUUGCCAGCCCUCCCACCUGUGGAGCACAGGCACAGAAAGGGGAAGCAUGUCUGUAGGAGCAGGGGAAGCCCAUGCCAUGUUCUGCUGAGACUCGUAAAUCCGUCCUCCCGUGCCUGCCCCAGCGUGGAGCCCAGCCAGCCUCUGCCUGGUGCGAGCCUCCUGCUCAGCCCUGGCCCCCUCGGGCUGACCCCAGCCUGGGCAGGGACUGGCCGGGAGGGGAGGGGUGCAUGGGUGUGUGUAUAUAUAGGUCUACAUAUAUAUAUAUAUAUGUCUACAUAUAUAUAUAGACACACAUAUAUAGAUAUAUAUAUAUAAAUUUUCCCUUGUCCCUAGAAAGGGACAUUUGCUGCUGCUGCGUGCAUUGAUCAGGUUGGGCUUCCUGAUGCACCCACCUUUUCAAAAUCAGCCUAUAAAUCCACCAGUAUAUGUAGUUUGAAGAGGAGCAUCUCUGACUUUUAUAUCUAAUAUAUGUUUAAAUAUAUUAUAUAUAUAUAUAUAUUAAAAAAAAAGAGAGAGAGGGAGUGGUGAAUUUACAAUAAUAAAAGUGAAAACCAGCUCAG